AACGACCGAGCUCUCUGCCUGCGUUCAUGUCGUGACCUUGCGUUUUACAGCCGUGGGGUGGGUGGAGCGUCCAGCUUCCUGCUCACCGAGGCUGACGUGAAAAACGGAGCGCCCAGAUCUCAGCCACAGUUUGGACCUUUAAUAGUGUGCAGCCUCCCCGCCUGACUUUGGUCCAGGAAUGGCUGAUCUGCUGAGGCUGCUGCUGCGGGUGGCUGAGAAGGCUGCCAACGUGGCUCGCGUCUGCAGGCAGGAGGCUCCUCUGUUCCAGCUGCUGGUGCAGGAGAAGACCGGCGAGGACAAGAACAAGAAGUUUGUGCAGGACUUCAAGACGCUGGCCGACGUGGUGAUCCAGGAGAUGAUCAGACAUGACGUCGGCGCUCGGUUCCCAGAGAUGGUGGGUUUCAUCCACGGAGAAGAGUCCAACAAGUUUGAAAACGGGCUUGGAGAGAGUGUGACAGUCACGGUGUGCAGCACGGAGGCAGACACUGCCAAACUGCUGGCCACGGUGCUGGACGGCGACCACACGGCAGCUUCUCUGCUAGCUCAAGCCAUCCACCAAGACCCGGCAACCAUAGAGGCGAGCACAGAUGGCCUCGCCGUUCCCCUCAGCCCCGCCGAGCUGGGCAUCUGGAUCGACCCCAUAGAUGCCACAAGUCAGUACAUAAAGGGACGCGAGGAGGUGCUGGAGGAGGGUCACUUGUCCCCUUCAGGUCUGCAUUGUGCGCUGGUUCUCAUUGGGGCGUACCUCCGGAGCACAGGCGAGCCCGUCAUGGGCGUCAUCAACCAGCCCUUUAACCACAAAGAUCCAGCGGGUGGAGGCUGGAGGGGGAAGCAUUACUGGGGCGUGUGCUGUGGCAGUGUCAACGUCUGCUCGGUGUCCCUGCCCAAAGCUGGACCAGAAGGGGAGCACGGGCCAUCCGUGGUGCUCAGUUCCAGUGAGAAACAGGUGGUAAAAGAAGCUUUGACCUCGCUGUGUGGCCCUGACAGGCUGAUGUAUGCGUCUGGAGCCGGAUACAAGAUCCUGUGCGUCAUCCUGGGUCUGGCGGAUGCUUAUGUGCUUUCAGAGGGGAGCACCUUUAAGUGGGACUCCUGCGCCCCUCACGCUCUGCUCAGAGCACUCGGAGGGGGUGUGGUGGACUUGACUCAGAGUCUGCAGCAUAUUUCUGGAGCUCGGGAUCACCAGACGGAACUGACCUACCACCAGGCUUCCACUGAUUGCAAGGGAGCCAACCGGUGGGCUAAUGGAGGCGGACUGGUGGCGUAUCGGGACUGUUCUCAUUUACGCAGCAUCGUCAGUGCUCUGAAAGGCCCGCUGUAGGAGAAAGAGAGGGAGUCAGCACAACCACAAGCAUUUAACGUUACAAAGGGGAUCAUAUUAAUGUUUUCUAUAUUAGUCAAGACUGAUGGGUCAAAAUCAAGGUGAAAAUCUUUAACCAGAAAUGCAAAGGUUUUAUUUUCAAUCAGAUUUAUGAAUUUGUAUAAAUAUAUGUGUGGAAGUCGAGUAUCAGUUCUUAACCAAAAAACAGAGAAACGAAACAAUAAAAAUUAUAUGUAAAA